GAGCCCAUACUUUUUCAUUUUACAAUCACUACCGGUUGUCCAUGUACUCUGAAAUGUGACAUUGGCUUAUGCCCAGCUGGCAUGCAUCUUGCAGUGUGUCUCGUUUGAGAAAACUGUGUUUAUUUAUCUCGAGACUCGUCCGUUUUUCUCGAGUAGACGGAUUACAUAACCCUACUCUUUCGGUAUCAUGCCGUCCUUUACCUGUUGAGUGGUGUUCGUGAUCAUUGUGACACCUUAUCGUUGUCACCCAUCAACAUUCUCAACAUGUCAGUCACGGUCUUUGGCAGCUUGUCGUGAUACUGUUCUGGUACUCACCUGUGCUGUCAAGUGGUCCUUCCCUCUGGAUACGUUGAACCUCUCAAGAUGAUGAACAACGAUAUUCAAAUUACGCUGGAAAAUGUUUCAAGAUCGGAUCCCAUCAUGGAUGAUCAAUGGGAUCCUAUGAGAGAAGAAUUUGAAAAUCCAGACAUCAACUGCUAUGACCAUGGUCCGGGUGCCAAUCUGGAUGUUGACUUACAGCGUCCUGCAUAUCGAGAUCGUAACAAUCAAGUUGUUUACAAGAUAAUGGUUACUAAGAUUCCUUAUGGUCUCGAACAGACUGGGUUGGAAAAUCUUUUCCGAAAUGUUGGUGUACCGACUGUAGCCAAGUGCAAAGGAAGAGCAUCAAACCAAUUACAAUGGGCCCUGAUUGAGUUUAAAACUUUGCAAGAAGCCAAAAGAGCCAUUAUGGAAUUUGAUGGGGUGUUCGAUAUGAUUGUGAGAUUUGCACGAAGUGAUGAAGAAAAUGAAAGACUUAAAAAUAAAAGACUACAAGAAGAAAGAGAGGAAAGGAUGUACCAAAUGGCACAUUCAUCUACCUCUAACAACUCUUUGCAAGCCAAUCCAAACAAAGUUCAAAACACUAUGCCCUCAAGUCUUAAGUUAAUAAGGAUGCUUGGCCGGGGUCAAAGUAGAGGGAAGAUGAUUUUCAAUGUUUUCAAUGGGUAUCAAGAGAGGCGUCCAGGUCUCAAACACUGUGCCUGGUCCAAUGGUGUACCAGAUAUGAGGGAUCCUGGAGGUCUGAUGUAUCAUUCUGCAUCAUGUCAGCAUGAGUUGUCCAAUAGAGUGCUUCAGAACCUUGUUAUCACCACUGGCUCUAAUUCAGUUCGGCAGGUAUCAAUGGGUCGUGGAUACAUACCUCCUCAUACAGAGCCUAUUCCUGGGCAGUGUGACCCUUUUGAGCGAUCUGUUGGUGUUGAUGUAAGUGUCCCUCUUCUUCAUUGUGCCAAAUGUGGGUCAAACACUGUCCAGAAAUGCUCGUCAUGUGGAACUCCUUAUUGCUCAAAGAAGUGCCAAAGAGAAGAUUUUGGUCGACAUAGAACUAGAUGUAGAGCACAAAUAUCUAUUGACAGCGUUGUUGAUGAGAACAUGCAAAGGACCUCAGAAUUUGUCCCACUUUCAAGAAAUAUUGGCCAAGGAGAGACAUCUUCAUUUUCUACUAACCUGCCUUCCAUCAGUUUGUGGGGUAAACCUGAGAAGAAUGUGGUGUCCCUCUUGGGUGAAGGUACUGAGGCCAUUGUGUAUGUAUCAUCAGAGCAGCCAACACAGUUGUCUGGGAGCUUAUGCUGUAAGGAAUUGUUUGAUAUAACUAACAAAAUACUUACUGAAAUGCCUGAAAAAGUUAUGCAAAGUCCUGCCAAUUUAAAUUUCUGGCCUACUGUCGGUACUUUGGUUGCUGUGAAGUGGGAUAGCUCAAUAUGGCGAGGAUACAUUUUAAACACUCCCAUUGUUGGGCAUUCAUCUCACUUUACUGUUGCAUUGUGUGAUUUAGGAAGUGUAAAGAAAAUUGAAGUGAAGGAUAUAUUCCAACUGCCUUCUGACUUUCACAAUCUUCCAGAGUUAGCUGUGACUUGCAAGCUUUUGGAAUUAAGUGGCAAAGGCUCCACCCUUGCACCUGAAAACCAAUUGCAAUUAAAAAUAGAAAACUCCUUGGGUGACAGACUCACUGCUAAAGCUGUGGGAGUGGAUGGUUUGACAGAACUUGGUGUUGUUACUGUAUCAUCAUGGAGUCCAGCUGCCAAUGAACUUGUGGCAGUUCAAAUAGUACCUCCUUGCACGGUUGUUAUGACGGCCUACCACAAUCAAAAUGCUCUUUAUGUAAGACCCACCGGCCGAACAUACAAGGAGCAAUUCUUCUGUCUAAUGCAGAAGGUGGCAGCUGCUCAUGUAACUUCCCCUCCUCUGGGAAGAGCACCUUACAAAGGAGAGAUGGUUGCAUGUCAGUACAGAAAAGACGGAAACUAUUAUCGAGGCAUUGUUCGAGAAGAAAGCACUUUGAUUCAGGAACAUUAUGAGGUGUUUUUUGUUGAUUUUGGGAAUAUGGAACCAAUUUCCAUCAGUGACAUGAAAGCUCUACCAAGUGAAUUAAAAUCUUGUCCUUGCAUGGCGGUGCCAGUUGCACCUUAUGGGGUGAGAAAAGGACCACUCACUGAAAAAGCAGUUGUUUUCCUGAAUAUGCUUCUACAGAAAGAACAGGAGUUUCAGAUGGACUUUGCAACACAGAAUAAGAAUGAUGGAGUUCAGCUUGUAUUUCCUGAUAAGAGUAGUUUCAAUUUGAAACUUAACGAAAGCUUAGCACCUGAAUGGGAAGAAUCUCUAAAGAAGGGGUUGCUGGUUGACCAUGACAAACCCACAAUGCUUGAAGACCUCAGCAUUCUUUCUUUGGUAGAAGGAGGAAAGCAAAAAGGUGUGGUGACUGUCAUGGUAAUGAAUAUUAGUGCAAAUGGGCGUCUGGCAGUGUUGCCGAUGGGCACACCUGAGGUGGAACAUGUCUUGAAGACAGUUGCAUUUCAAAUUAAUGAAUACUGUGAAAGUACAGAUCCCAGUGCCAGGUAUAAUCCUCGGUUGAAUGAAGUUUGCCUGGCAAAGUACCACAAAGAUGGCCAAUGGUAUCGUGCUGUAAAUACGGAGACUGUUACGGAAACUCAAAGUAGCAAAUUAAUGUUUAUUGAUUAUGGAAAUUGUGAAGAUGUGCCAUUUCAGGAUAUCAGGCAAAUGGUUCCUGAUUUUGUUUCACCCCCCAUAGUAAUGUUAAUGUGCCAUUUGGAUGGUGUACCAAUGGAACCCACACCAGAUAUGAUCACAAGAAUUAUGGAGUUGGUCCCCACAAAGAAUGUGUAUGAGGUGGAGGUUUUAGGGCAGAUUGACAGUUAUCAGUAUAAGAUAAGAAUCCCUCAAAUUUCAGACCAAUUGAAAUCAGAGUUGUCUAUGAAUCAGUGAGUGUGUGUCGUCAUGUUUGUAUGCAUUAAGAAUCAUUCUUCUAAAGUUGUUUCUUCAGAUCAAAUUGUAUGUAACUUUGUUGUUUCAAAUAUAUUAAAUGAAGACACACUCUUUAUGCAAAUAACUUUAUUUUGCAACUUGUUCAGCUACAGGCGAAUUAUGAUGCCUAAUGUCUUGUUUUGACAUCCUAGAGUUUACUUUUAUGCAAUAAAAUGUUGUGUAUAAAUCAUUUUAAA